CAGGUCAUCUUACUUCCGAUGGGACAGGACGUCUUUGCCUGCUUCAUGUUCAUUCACGACUGUCCCUCUUGCCCUCAAACCUCUCCUACUCUUCUUUCAAUUCAGGCCCCGCGGCUUUGACCUCCCAGCACCGUGUGAGCCACCGAGCACAUGGGCGACGGUUGGGUACGCAUGAACGAGCGACACGAUGAACAAGGACAAUUGGGCGCGACAAGGCGGCGAUGAUGCAAACCCCGGGCAAAAUACCCAGACCGGCAGUGACCAAACAGAGCAGAACACUACAUCUCGAGGUCGACAGCCUGCCUCGACCGCUACACAGUCCACGGAACCCACGCAGGUUGCUGCUGACAAUGGCAACCCGACCGUGCCUAAGCAGGGAAGCGCCAGCGCCAGCGCCAGCGAUGGGGUAUCCGCAAUCGACGACGAUGACGCAGAGCGAGUAUUGAAUUUCACAGAGGACAAGGACUUUGACGCGGACAGGGUGUUCGACGGCGGCGCAGACUCCCAGACGAGACGGCAGUCCUUCACAUGGUCGCUGGACGAUGACAAGGCCCAGGUCAAGCUCAUCUAUCUCGUACAGGUCGCAGACGCACCGGGAGAGAUAGGAGGGCCGUAUGAGCCCAAGGAGACGCCGGUCGCCCUCCGGACAGUCGAUCUAUCGGGAGACGUCGACAUCCUCGUCAACGCCUCACCGACAGGCGUCGAUCUUGACUUUACAAAGUUCACACCAGAGAACAAGGGUCUCGAGUACGGAGGGGCGUACGCCGUCAAGGUCCAUUGGGAACGCGAGGACGGGCUGGGCAAGGGCUCGGUAUCGGGAUACUUCUCCGUGCUGGACCCGGACGACGAUGACGAGGACAUGCAGAAGAAGGUGCAGGACAGUCUCUCCAAGCUUGACUACUACGAAAAUGGCUUCGAGUCGUCUGGCGACGCUAUCCCUAGUGCCGCGCCGACUUCCAAAGGUCCCGCCACUGCGGCAGAAAGCAGCGACAACCCGAGCAGCGAGACUGCCAGCAGCAACGCCGCCUCAGGUUCUGGGGAUAACAGCGAUAGCAGUGCAGAGAGGGGUGGCGGCGGCGGCCUUGCCCCUGGGACCAUUGCUGGCAUUGUCGUCGGCGUCGUCGGCGGCCUAGCCCUGAUUGGCGCCCUGGUCUUUUUUCUCCUUCGUCGUCGUCGCCGGCACAAGACCAAGCAACAUCAUGGACACGUGGUUUCCCAGCACGAGGCCGACAUGUCAUCUUAUGCUCUCGACAAGGUGGACGGCAACGCCGCACAUUCACCGUACUCGGACGACGGGCAUGGCGUGGCCGCCACCGGCUUUCCUGCCCAUGAUGCCGCUGCGGCGCCUCAUACCACAGCAGCAUCGCAUGAGCCUGUCAGGGGAGACCCUGAUGCAGCGGACACACCGAGCCGACAGCGGGAUUACUCGCAUCUAGUGGAAGACGGCAUGACGGAGGACGAUAUCCGGAGGCUGGAGGAGGAAGAAAGGCAGCUGGAUGAUGAGAUUGCGCGCGCGAGGAGGAGAAGAUGAGCUUUCUGGGACAGGAAAUCUGUUUUCACUUUUUGUCAACACGUGACUUGUCUGUCUGUCGGUCCUAAGGGAGUUGGGCAUAAUGGCGUUCCUUUUUUGAGUCUGAGCAUGUAUGGAUGUAUUCGAUUUUUGCGACAGCUGUUCGGGACAAGCCGAAAUCCUCAUUUCCGUCAUGAUGGUACGUUCUUUUGAUGCCACAUCAGGGCUCGCAGUGUCCGCCGUAGAGUAUCGUACAACAGCCGAGGCGCCAUAGCCUCCGUAAACGCCCAGCAAGCAAGUUUGUGCAUAACCCAUCGCUAAAUAGCGCCCAACGCGAAAUGUGCACACAGACAGGCAGCCGUGCGCCCUGGCGGUCCUGCCACUCAAC